AUGGUACAAUCUACUACACCCAGUGCUGCAAAAUCUAGUUCUGUAAAUGUAAUUGAUAUCAUUGAUAUUAGUGACGAUGAAUUUGAUAUUUCUCACAACGGUAGUGGAAACGUUUCUCUUGCAACAUGUUUGGCAGGAGAGAAAGAAAAGGACUUGGACCACAAUGCUGCACAAAACAAUGAAACUUUGGAUUUUUGUGGCGGUGUCUUGUUUGAUAUGGAUGUAUCUAAUUGUGAAGUAACUUCUAGCAAGUCACAAGAUGGAUGUAAUGCUGAUGUGGACCCUGGUUCGGAUAACUCAGAAGAUUUACAAGAUUGUCGCAAGGAUUCCAACUCACAGGAUGUAUCCGAUGAUGACAUGAACUUUGGUAAGAUAUUAUCCAAAAUUCAGAGGGAAAAAAAGCACGAAAUUAAGUGGGAAUUCGAGGCUGACAUGGUUGCAGAACUUGGAAAGGAUCCGGUGUUAUGUAUGAAGGCUGUCUGCAGUCUUUAUCGACAGCAAACUGAUGACAAACAGGCGAUAAAGGGAACAUUGCACCGCAACGGGCGUGGAUUUAACUAUCAUGAUGCUGACAGAAAAGAUUCAUGCUUCUGUUGUUUUUAUGCUAUAUUAAUCUUGAACUUUGUGUUUUUGUUCAGUUCCAUUAAGUGGUCUCCUUACUCCCGACACUUCCUUUGUUAA